UUAUGAAAACAGAAAACCUCAUUAUUUGUUUCUUACAAAAAAAGAACCGCCAUAAAUGAUAAAAUGUAGUUGUUCCAAUCCCAAGAUGCGCUGCGCGAAAACGCGGACAAGAAACUAUAAAAACUAACAUUUAGCAACAAAAAAACAAAGUCAAUUACAUUUCUCCAUCAUUACAAUCACGCAAGAAAACCUCUCUUUCUCUCUCCUCCAGAGGGAAAAAAGGAAAGGAGCAACAAAGAAAUUCUUAUCCCUCCUUUCCCUAAUUUCUCUUCAAUUGGAGGUUUAGGGUUUGAAGUUUUGUAGCAACAACAAUUAACAAUCAACAAUCAACAAUCAACAAUGGAGUCGAAGUCGCAGGGGAAGUUUAACUUCGGAAGGCAAUCAUCAAUGGCGCCGGAACGUGAGGUUGAUUGUUCGAUUGCGAAUCAGGACUAUGAGGUGUUGGAGUUUGAUCCUGAGAAGAUUGAAGAAGGAGUCAGAUUGAUGUUUUUAGCGAAUGAGGGUGAUUUGGAAGGGAUUUCUGAGCUUUUGGAUUCUGGAAUUGAUGUUAAUUUUAAGGAUAUUGAUUCUAGAACUCCGCUUCAUGUUGCUUCUUGUCAAGGUCUUGCUGAUGUUGUUGGAUUGUUGCUUGACCGUGGCGCGGAGGUUGAUACUAAGGAUCGUUGGGGGAGUACUCCACUUGCAGAUGCAAUAUAUUACGAAAAGCAAGAUGUAAUCAAGCUUUUGGAGGAACAUGGUGCAAAGCCCCCAGUCGCUCCCAUGCAUGUCCAAAAUCCUUGUGAGAUCCCUGAAUGUGAAAUUGAUCGUAGUGAGCUCGACUUUUCCAACAGCAUUGACAUUUCUGAGGGCACUUAUCGCCUUGCAUCAUGGCGUGGGAUUGAAGUUGUUGUUAAAACACUUGGAACUGAGGUGGUGAUGGAUGAAGAAAAAGUGAAGGCAUUUAUGGACGAGUUAGAACUACUCCAAACCGUACGUCAUCCAAAUGUUGUGCAAUUUCUGGGAGCUGUGACACAGAGUAGCCCGAUGAUGAUUUUCACGGAGUACUUGCCUAAGGGGGAUCUUCGUUCUUUUCUCAAACGAAAAGGUCCAUUGAAGCCAUUAACUACAGUGAAGUUUGCUCUCGAUAUUGCAAGGGGAAUGAACUACUUGCAUGAAAAUAGACCAGCUAUUAUACACCUAGAUCUUGAGCCAUCGAAUAUACUGCGGGACGAUUCUGGGCAUCUAAAAGUUGCAGAUUUUGGAGUGAACAAGCUGCUCAAAUUCUCAAAAACAGUUGGGGAGCAUGGGCGUCUUCCAUGUCAAGAAAUUACAUGGAGAUAUGUGGCUCCAGAGGUUUUUAAGAAUGAAGAAUAUGACACAAAAGUUGACGUCUUCUCAUUUGCCUUGAUUAUCCAAGAGAUGAUUGAAGGUUGCCCUCCCUUUGUGUCAAAGAGAGAAGAAGACGUAGCUAGGGCAUAUUGUUCAAAUGAACGACCACCUUUCCUGGCUCCAGAAAAAUAUUAUGCUCUUGGCUUAAAAGAAUUAAUCGAGCACUGCUGGAAUGAUAAGCCAAUUAAGAGGCCAACAUUCAGACAAAUAAUAAGUCGGUUGGAAGAAAUUGAGAAAAUAUUGGAUCGUAAGAGACGCUGGAAGGCUGGACCUUGUGGAUGCUUCCGAAUGGUGGGGAAGUUGGGGAAGAAAAUUCCUACCGAUUCAGGAAGCCAUUCCUCUACCUCAAUAGUCAGAUGAUGGCUACUAGCUAGCAUGUGAAUUUUGUCCAUAGAAAUUCAUGUAAUUCUGUACAUCCAAGAAACCGUUCCUUGAUUGUUGGUGUGGGCUGUUAAGGCUACUUUUCUAGAGGUCAUUCUAAUUCUUUCACUCGUUCCAAAUGCUACGAAACUGCUACUUAAGAAAGAAAGCUGGAAGGACCUAUAUCAAAGAGAUGGUGUUGUACUCCUAGAGAGACUUCUGUAAACUGCCCUGUGGGUGCAUUAACGUCAUGCAUUAAGUGCUCUUGCAUAAGGUGUGCAGAAGGCUGUUUGGACUUGUUUCAGCAGAAAGAUGCGUGAUUGCACUUGACGUAUAUUUAUUCGGAGAAUACAACCUCGCUAUGUGGCAAUUAUCUUUGAACUUUUUGGUCUUAAAGAUGAUUACAUUGUCAAAUUCAGAUCCUCGCGCAGUCGAAGAAUGUAGUUAUCUACAAAUUCCAAUCGGUUUUGUUGCUAGUGAUGAUUGGUUAUAGAUAAACAAUGUUCUUUUCUUCUGCUCUGUUGAAAACAGUAUGAACUAUGAAAAUAAGGUGCCCAUGUUGUAUAAAGUACAUGAAUACUCUCAUACCCUACAGUCUGAUUCAUCAUGUUGUAAACAGUAGUAUAUGGAUACUCUCAUACCCUAUAGUCUGAUUCGUUUUGUUGUAAACAGUAUUAUAUGGAUACUCUCAUUGUUAAGACUUCAAGAGAGUUUUUGGAGUAAA